GCCCAGGUGGUGCAGUCUCACUUUAAAGAAGCUGGUGAUCUUCAAGAAGCUGGCCAAGGACCUCCAGUUUGUGGUGAUUUCCCUGAAGAUGCAGGACUGCAAGGGCAUCCUUAGGUCCCAAGAGAUUGUGCUGCCCCCCAGUAGACCAGUGCAGACCGACCUGGCGCUGACCUUCUCCCUGCAGUACUCCCACUUCCUCAAGGGAGAAGGCAACAAGCUACAGGUCAUGCUGGAACAGAGGAAGCUCUAUAAGAACAGGGCCGCUCUGGAGUACAGGACACUGGCCACUGGCACCAUUCACAUGGCUGAGGUCAUGCAGCGAAACCCCAAGUGUGGCCAGAUGCUGAGCCUCUACAGCACUGUCAAGGAGUCCUCCACCAAGGUGGCUGAAAUCUGGAUCUCCUCCCUGUGCUGUCAGCCCAUCGAACCCGAGGACGGUGUCAGGCAGGCCAGCCCGAAGGCCAAGUGUGCAGGUAACUACACCGAGGGGCAGGAUGAGAGCUCCUUUUCUGAGCGGGAAGCCAGCUGCAGUAGAAAGAAAAGACAGGACCUGCACAGGGCUGACUUUGAGAAGGAGAAGCCAAAGAAGCAGCGGCGACCCAUACGAGGAAACCUGAAGCGAAAAGUCCUGGCGCUGUUUCACAGGUGCAAAGUGUCAGAGAGGGGCCGUCGGUCUGACAUGAUGGGGAACACCAAGAAAAGUGACCCAUACAUGGAGGAUGAUGAGAGCGUCCUCAGCGUCCCCAGGCCCAAGCUCAGGCCAUACUUUGAAGGCCUGUCAGACUCCAGUUCGGAGACGGAGAUGUCGGGCAGCCACAGUGACAGGACCCAUAUGGAGCCUCUGAGUCGGGCCCACAUGCCAGAGAAGGCAUGGGCCCUGGGCGGCAAGCAGCCAAGUGACACUGAAAAUGCAUUUGUGGCCUGCAGCACACCCACCAGCAAGGUGGACAAGAUCCGGAUGACCUGCCUGUCCAGGCCGCCCAUCGACCCGGAGGACAGCGCCAGGAAAUCCAGUCACAAGGCUGAGUCCUCGGAUACCUACUAUGAGUGCAAGUGUGAGGACUUCUUCUCACAGCUGGAGGCCAGCUCCAAUGACGCCCACAGGCAGGACCAGGAGGAGGAUGACUUCAAUGAGGGGAAUCCGGAAGUCAGAAGAAGGACCAUGACCGGGCAACAGUCCUACCAUGAGAAAGUCCUGUUAUGGCUGCACACAGUCCAAGUGUCGGAGGAGGUCCUGGACCCUGAGCAGGUCCCUGGCGAGCAUGUCCUGGAGGUGGAGGAAGACCUGAACCUCCUGUACGACAUGCUGGAGAACCCCAGUGACAGUGGCCCUGACAUUGAGGAUGAUGACAGCGUCCUCAGCACCCCCACACCGAAGCUCAGGCCAUAUUUCGAAAGCCUGUCUUGCGUCCCAGACAUGAAGGACAAUCACAGCGUCCUCAGCAGCCCGAAUCCCAAAUUGCGGCCAUGCAUGGAGGGCCUGUCAGACUCCAGCUUGCAGAUGGAGAUGUGGGGCCGCCACAGCACCAGGAUCCGAAAGGAGCCUCUGAGUCUGGCCCACCUGCCUGGGAACACGUGUGGCCCGGGAGGCAAGCAGCCAAGCCACAGUGACUCCAAAUUUGUGGCCUACAGCACACCCACCACUAAGGUGGACAAGAUCCAGAUGGCCUCCCCGUCCAGCCAGCAAAUCGAUCAUGAGGCCAGUGCCAGGCAGGCCAGCACCACGGCCCUGACCUCACCUAACGACUCUGCCGGCCCGUCUGAGAGCUUCUUCUUUCAGCAGGCGGCCAGCUGCAGUGCCGCCCACAGGCAGUCCCAGGAGCAUAACUUUGAGGAAGGGAACCUGAUAGUAAGAAGAAGGUGCAUGACCUGGCAACAGAAAUACCCCAAGAAAGCUGGGGCAUCUCUUCUCAAGGCCAAAGUGUCGGAGGAGGUCAUGUCCUCAGAACAGGCCCUGGUGAGGUAUGUCCCCAAAGUGGAGAAGGCCCUGGACCGUCGUCGGUAUGACAUUGUGGAGAGUUCCAGCGAGAGUAGCCUAGACACGGAGGACGAUAUCAGCGUCCCCAGCACCCCAAAGCCCAAGCUCAGGCGAUACUUUGACAGCAUGUCAAGUCUUAGUGGCUCUGACUCAAAGGCUCACAGAAUUCGCUCCCUUAGGAAGCAGCUGGAGGACAGUCGGGAGGCAGAGUCCUCUGCCCGGCGUUGGUUCACCAGGAAGCUGCCAUCCAUAGUGCGCUUCACCAAAUCUCUAGUCAUCCCCUCCAGCAGGUCCAAGAGGAAGCAGGCUGGCCACCGAGGCUGUAACACGUCCCUGAAUGAGGGGUUCAACAGAUGGGACAACGAGGACCCAGAACCACAGAGCCAGCGGCAGAUCCCCAGGACGCCUGUGUGUGACCAGCUAAACAACAUCCUCAUUUCCCACGACAAGCUGCCUGAGAACAUCAUGCUGGUCAACACCUCAGACUGGCAGGGCCAGUUACUUUCGGACAUCCUGCAGGGGCACACGCUGCCCAUGGUGUGCACCUGCUCCACAGAUGACGUCCAGGAGGCCUUCAGCAUCAUCAUCUCCUGGAUGCAGAGAUACUGCACCUGCACUUCCCAGGCCCUGACACCUGUGAAGAUCGCGGUGGCAGGAGCACAGCCCUACUUCAGCGCUGUGCUGGGGGUCUUCGUGGAGCAGCUGUCCCACCAGCCACCCCAAUGGCUGGACUACAUGCACUUCCUGGUCAUCCCGCUGGGUUCCCACCCCUUGGCCACCUACCUGGGCUCCAUGGAUUGCCGCUACGACAACUUCUUCCAGGACCUGUACUGGUGGGACCUGUUCAACAACCUGGAUUCUCUGAACACCUUGCAGGACACACAGGACGUUGUGUCGAGAAUCACAGAGUAUGUCGUGGGGGCCAAUUGUGUCUAUCUGCUGCCCAUCGCAGAGGCCAUGCUCAUGUCUAAGCAACAGCGCCCUGACGAGAAGUCCUCCAAGAAGGUCAUUCCCUUUGUGGGGGAAGUGAUGGUUGGAAGAGUGGAACCAUCUUCAGCCAUGUCAGGAGACUCAGAUGAUGCGCCCCCCUCAUCCAACACCCUCUUCCCCCCGUCAAUGAGUGGGGGCCUGUCCUCCCCCAGCCAGAGUGUCCAUGCAGAGAUGAUGGAGCUGCAGGUGGAUUACUGGACUGCAGCCCAGCCAAUAGACACGAAGAGAGUAGCGGAGAAGAAAGACCUGCCUACCGCCAAGAACACACUCAAGUGCUUCUUCCAGUCUGUCCAGGUCAGCAGGCUGCCCAGCAGUGAUGAGGCCACAGCAACACCCGCCAUGUGCAUGACAGUGGUCACCAAGGAGAAGAAGAAGGUGCCCAAGAAAACCAAGGAUGAGGAUGUUGAGUCCAAAAGCCAGUGCAUCAAUGGCAUCAGUCGCCUGGUUUGCAAGGCCAAGCACCAGCAGAUCAUGCUGCCCGUCACCAUUGAUGAUGUGGAGUGGAACGACGUGACAUUCCUCCAGCUGGCAGCCCAGUGGUCGUCCCACGUCAAGCACUUCCCCAUCUGCAUCUUUGGACACUCCAAUUCCACCUUCUAGCCCUGCCCCUUCCCCUCCCCCUCCCCCUGCCUUGGCCAAGCCCAGAAGGACCCAGCUGCUUUUCUGUCAACAGUUCAGUUUACUACAGACACAGACCCUGGAAACCUAAAAAGAAACCGUUUUGGGUUCGAAUGCACUCACAGCCUGGAACUUAAGGGGGUUGCCUCUCAGUGGGAGCUCCUCACUGGAGGGCAGUGUUGAGCUGGAGAAUCAUGGGCGAUGUGUUUUGGCCUCAGGAUGCCUAAUAUUCCCAGCGAGAAGCUUCUGGCCUUGAAGACCUGCCCUUCCUGGAAGCUAGGACUCUUCUUCCCUGGGAGCCAGCUCCAGCCUGUAUCCAGCCUCAGAGCUGGGUGGCAAGAGGUCAAGGGCUGGCCUCUGUGGGCAUCUGAGCCUUACCACGUGGAGGUCAGUUAGGACAACCUUAGGAUCCAGCUGCCAGCCAGCCAACUGGCCCCAGCACCACAUACUCGGGGUUCCCAAUGAACUUCAGCCUCACAGGGAGAGAAAAAGGCCUGUAUGGUGCACAUCGCCCUGGCACACUGGCUAGACAAAGUGGUCGGAUUCCUGAGCAGUGAACCCAUCUUUGUUCCUGUCUGGUACUACAGAACACUGCUACCACCCAACAGCUGUGGGACCAAUUACUUAUCAGGCUUCACAGGCUCGUAGUGUCCACAGGACUGCCGAUGUGAUGUCCUCCUGGCCUCCUCUCCCUAUGGCUGCAUCUUCCCGUAUUGUGAAGAGGAAGGUGAACCUCUGUUCCAGCAGAAAACGUGAGUCCGUUUUGGGUCAGAGCCAGGAGGGGAGUAUGGGGAGUGUGAUUUCAAGGUGCUGGCAGAACCCUGGAUCCCACUCAUGGUGGGAUUUCUGCAAGAGGGCGGAGGUCUGAGGGCUUCUCCUAGAAAAAAGGUCACGAGUCAGAGAGCUAUGCAUGUGAAUAUGGGUGGUGUGGGCAAGUAGUGGGAGCUCAGUGAGAGAGUCAGCCCCUCAGAAAAUGCAUACCCUUCCGCUCCUAAUCCCAGCCCUGCCUGCACCCCUAUCCUGGGACCUUGCUCACCAAUCUGGUAUAACCUCCUUAGUGGAAGCAUGGCAGGUGUACCCCACCCUGUGGGAGUUGAAUUUCAGUGGGAGGCAAAGAACCACACAGGACAGCUAGUGAAUUAGGCAGCAUGUAGGAGCAGGAGCCAAAGUAUGAGGUGAUAGGAAGGCCCUGGGGUUCGUUUGUUCUCUCAUUGGUCAGUAUUCCUGAAACUCGUACUCUGUGCCAAUGGGUGACAUGAACGUGGUGGACACCAGCCCUCUCAGUCCUAAUGGGAGGGAUCAGGGACACUGAAAGAGCAUAUCAGGUUCCCUUGAAGAAGGGGACAGGUGGUUCCCUCAUUGAUCCAGAGCUGUCAGUUAGGAGUGCUUUCUGCCAGCCCCUCCUGAGUGACCAGGCGCGUCUCUGCCAGGACUUCCAGGUUGAAGGUGGAAAAGGAGUUAGUCUGGCUUCUGGAUGGGCAGGAGCAGGAGGCAAAGGACCUCUGGGAGGGCCAUGUGGAAGGAACGUGCACACCUCAUACUCUACUGCGCACCUCUCUCUCUCCUCAGGGCCAUCUCCUGCAUCCUGGGCAUCUGGCUGGACCAGUACCUCCAGAAUUUCUCAGCCUGAUGAUGCUGUUGGCCUCCUUAGACCCAACUUUCCAGUCCCUGACCUGCCAAACCAGGCCCAGUGGCUCCAUUCACGGUGGAGCACCUGAUCCCACUGAGGCCUAGAAAGGAGGAGGCGGCGGCCUCCGGGGGUGGUGUGGGUGAGUGUGCCUUUGGAAGGCACACAAAAGGCAGUGAGGGUGGUAACAUGUCCUCUUCUUGGAUCUGCAGAACCAGCUCCAGAGCAACAUCAGGAAAACCCUCCAGAGGCAACGCCACCCUAGUGACCUUUCCAGAGCCAGAGCCGGACCCAGGCCCAGCUUUCACUGAACUUCAAGAGGCAGAAGAACCACCUGCAGCAUCUCACCCAACUCCUGCGAAGCCAGAUCCCGGGCCACAGCACGUGUCAGCUGCCAUGGCAGAGAGAGCACCCCCCACCCCCAUUUAGAUGCAUUGUUAAAUGUUUUUUGUUCAUGUUAUAUAUAUUUAUAAUUGUACUGUAGUUUUUAUGAUAUUUAAUAACAUAGAGUGUAUUGUAGAAAACAUUUAAUGAAAUACUCACAAAUAUAACCUUAAUUUAGAUUCUAUAAAAUUUAACCCUAUUAACCCUCAGAACUUUGAGCAAGUCUGUUUUUCUGGACCCUGACCCAUUCAGGGAGAACUGUCCUCACCUUCUCCACCUGCCCUUCCUGGAGCCAGGACUCUGCUUCCCAGGGAGCUGGCUCCCCCCUGUGCCCAGACUCAGAGCUGGGUGGCCAGAGGCCAAGGAUUGUCCUCCCAUGGGGGCAUCCUGAGCCCAACAUGGAGGCCAGUAGGCUCAGCCCUGGGCCUCCAGGUUGACCCCAACACCACUCUCUCAGGCUUCCAAAUAAACUUGACCCUCACAGGGCUGAGAAUGUAUAGUGCAGGCUGCCCAGGAACAGUGACUUGAUAAACUGAUCAAAACCUUGGUGCCCAGCUUCCUGGGUAGCGUCCCCACAUUCAUCCUCACCGACCCUUCUGUGUUCAUACAGAACAUUUGCUACUAACCAACGUGGGUGGGACCAACCAUGUAGCAUGUGAGCCCUGCCCCUCCACAGCACAGUGGUCACUCAGCCACCUGCUUGCUGUGAGUCUUCAAGUCACUGCAUCUCUCUGAGUGUUUGGUUCUCUGACCAUGGGGAGAACCUAUGCCCAGCCUCAUAGGGUUAUUAUAGGGACUCGGGGGAGGGCUUCCUCCUGGGAAAAGGCCCUCUGGGUGCCUGGACACUGGAGAGGUAUGCUGGAGGGGCUGUGGUUGUUCUAAUUGGCCAUUUUGU